AGUGUCUGGGCCCGGCAGGUGCCCAAAUCUUGGUCCAUCGAGAUCCGUCCAGUUAUCGGCCCAUGGCUCAUGUUUGUUCCCAAGACGGCCCACGAACCGUAUCCUCUCAUACAUGGUAGUCUUCCAGGUCGUCGUCAAGCUAGAGCCUAGAGAGAAGGAAAAACUGCCAUGGAAGCUAUGCUCAGAGCCGGGGGAGCAGUCGCCCUCGUCUUCUCAGUCUUCGUACAUCUUUCUCUACUCUCCAGAUCCUCUCCUCUCUCUUCGCAGGAUCUCCGGAUCGUCGAUGCGGAACGCAGAAUUGACUUGACUUCACACAUUGUUAAUGUUUUCCUAACUUUGAAGGUUGAAAAUACUGGGACAUCUCCCGCUUCAGAGAUCCUUCUUGCUUUCCCACCUACCCAAGCUGAUAAUUUAGCAUUGCUUAAAGCAGCCACCUCUGUGGGAAAACGGAAGAAAAAAAGUUAUGAAUCACUUAGCGUGAACCCAACUGAGCAACCUGAGGCACCCAAUGGAACUAAAUACUUCUCUAUAUCGUUGCUUAAACCAUUGAGCACUGGUGAAACUGUAACAUUAGAAGUAUUUUAUAUAUUAACACAUUCUCUCGAACCUUUCCCAGUAGAGAUAAGCCAGUCAGAGGCUCAGUUGGUAUAUUACCGUGAUAGUGCAAUUAUAUUGUCACCAUAUCAUAUAAAACAACAGAAAACUUAUAUUAAGCUACCAAGUUCCAGGGUGGAAUCAUUUACUAGAGUGGAACCCACUAGCCAUGCGAAUGCAGAACUGAAGUAUGGGCCAUAUGAGGACCGCCCUUCAUAUUCAUUUUCUCCCAUAAUUGUUCAUUUUCAGAAUAAUAAUCCAUUUGCUGUUGUUGAGGAGCUUGUGCGUGAAGUGGAAAUAUCUCAUUGGGGCAGCCUGCAAAUCACUGAGCAUUACAGGCUAGUUCACGCUGGUGCCCGACACAAAGGUGUAUUUUCAAGGCUUGAUUAUCAAUCUAGACCAUCUUUUAGUGCGUCUUCGUUCAGGCAUCUUCUUGCACGACUGCCCCCUAGAGUUCACUCAGUCUACUAUCGGGAUGAGAUAGGCAAUAUAUCAACAUCACAUUUACGUGCAGACUUCCAAAAGUCAGAACUGGAAAUAGAACCUCGGUACCCGCUAUUUGGAGGUUGGAAAGCCACUUUUGUCAUCGGAUACGGGCUACCAUUGCAAGACUUCCUCUUUGAGUCACCUGAUGGCAGGCGUUACCUCAACUUUAGUUUUGGAUGUCCUCUUACAGGGACGGUGGUAGACAAGUUGACUAUUAAAGUGGUGCUGCCAGAGGGAUCAAAAGAGCCUCAUUCUGUGGUUCCUUUUCCUGUGGAACAACGAGUAGAGACUAGUUAUUCAUACCUCGAUGUUGUUGGAAGAACAGUGGUAGUUUUGGAAAAGGAAAAUGUUGUUCCUGAGCACAACUCCCCUUUCCAGGUUUAUUACACUUUCAACCCAAUUUUCAUGCUUGCUGAGCCAUUGAUGCUGGCUUCUGUGUUUUUCUUAUUUUUCAUGGCAUGUGUGGCUUACCUGCAUGUUGAUCUUUCCCUACGCAAGUGAUAAAAGAUGUGGUUAUUUCUGAUGGUAUGGAAAUGCAACAUUGAGGCAAUACAUUAUUGUUGUAGCUUAACUAGUGAGUUAGGUCAACCUGGUUUCCAUAUUGUGCUCGUCGAGGGAGCACAUGACAAGUUGCUAUAACUCUUCUGCAAGAGAAUGCUUGAGACAAUUUUGGGGUAUUUAUAGAAAUUUUAAGAGUUUCUUCACCAAAA